AUGGAAACCACUCAAACUCGCCGCCGCCUCUCAGUCUCGUUGCCACCAUCGCCUCCGCCUCGCCUUCCACGAAGCCGAAGUACAUCUACAACUACAAGCACAACCGCAACUAUUCCAGCCACCACAUAUACACUACACCAGAACAUUAGUAAUUCAUGCACACCAAAGUCAAGCCCAAGAGUACUACCAAUCGUCACACCCCGCCCCAAAUCAACAUCAAAAUCAAGAACAUUGUUCAACAAAAACGAAGAGAACAUAAACACUUCUUCAAUCACCAUUUCAAGCACCCAAAAGAAGCAGCAGCCAGAGAAUAACAACAACAACAAAGAAGGUUUAGGCAAUAAGUUGUUAUUGCAGCGUGCAGGUAGUACUAGUCCACGCACUAAUAAUAUCAUUGGGGCAACAAAGGGAGCAAGGUCAGUCACGAAUUCUCCGUCUGCGUGGGCUUUAUCGCCGGGACGGACUUUGGGGAGUCCGGUCAUGAGGCCUGAGUCACCAGGGUCCAGUGGAAAGAGAGUUAAAAGUGGUGGUUUUAGUGGGGUUUUGAAAUACUUCAAGCAGAAGAAAGUUUCAACAUUACAAGAGGAAGAGUUUCAUAGGUUUCGGGUUAUGCAUAAUAGAUUGUUGCAGUGGAGGUUUGUGAAUGCAAGAGCUGAGGCUGCCAUGGCUGGUGUAAAGAGAGUUGCAGAGGGUAAAAUAUUUUCUGUAUGGAUUAGAAUCUUGAAAUUGAGAAAAGCCAUAUUAGAAAAGCGAAUUGAAAUGCAAAAGUUCAAACUUGAGAUCAAAUUACAUCAAAUUAUCAACCCACAGAUUUUACUUCUCAAUCAAUGGGCAAAGUUAGAGAAAAAUAACCAAGAAUCAGUUAGCAGAGUGGUAAGAAAAUUAUCAGGAAUAUCGGUCAGGCUUCCUUUAGUCGAAGGCGCUAAGGCUGAAGAGGGGUCUAUCUACCAAGCUUUCAGCACAGCCGUGGGAGUUUUGGACAGCAUUGAAGCAACGAUUGCCAAAUUCUUCUCAAAGAUUGAGACUGUCCUUUUUAUUCUUACAGAGCUCAGAAGCACGUUUGAACUAGAAGAUGAGUUUCUGGAGGAACUGGAGAUGGCUAUAGCCUUGGUUUCUACAUUAUUGGCAAAUGAGGAAAGUGUAAAUGUACAUCUCAUCCAAGCUGCUAAGGAGUCAAGGAGAGGCCAAGGUCACUGA